GCCGCCAACUCCACUCCCUCCAACUUAACAGCCCCCAAAAGCCCCCCACCUUCCUCUAAUCAGGUUGCUUAUUUGUUCUGGGACGGAAGCUCUUCCAUCAAGCAAUCCUUGAACAGCUGUAAUUUUAAUCGGAGGGGCAAUUUGGUGAUUACAUGGUUUGCAGGGUGUCAGGAUCAGGAACCAAAAUCCAUUAACAGCCAGCCACAAACGAUGAAACGAAGGGUGGAAUAUUGAUGGUUCUUUAAAGUGAGGGUACCGGGACUUUAGGCUAAACUUUGGUUAGGUAUAUGUAAUUCAGCCGUAUCAUAUGUAACUGAUAACUCGAAUUGCUUACCGGAGGUCACACAGCAGCUGUCCCUUCUUCAUCCGACACCAAGCAGCACCGCCGUCGCUGUCGCCGCAUUGCCACGAAGAGAACCGACAUCGUAUCUUCCACUUCACUUCGCGGCAACGCAGCUUUUGGCGGAUUCGUCCGCCCUCGCUGGCGCUUGGAAUCUCUGAAAACGGUUCUUCUAUCUUAAUACAAACCUUGAAUAUGAGACUUGCUAGCAGCUGUAUAAAACUGAAGCCACUUCUUGUAUUCUCUCCAACUCCUCAGCGCAUUGACAAAACCCUCGCAUUUCGAAACCAAAGCAGAACCAGAAAUUUAGGGUUUUCGCGUUGGAAAUCAACGAUGACAGAGCCAGUGGUGGUUCAAGUGAAGGAGAAGAUUGAGUUAACGGAAACGGAGAAGAAGAUAUUUGAUAGCCUUCUCAACACUCUUCGCCACUUUAAUCUCAAAACCGAGCUUCGAGUAGCUGGUGGCUGGGUCCGUGACAAGCUUCUGGGGAAAGAGUGUUAUGACAUUGAUAUUGCGCUUAACAACAUGUUGGGAAGUGAAUUUGCGAAUAAGGUGGCUGAGUAUGUGGCGUCCACGGGUGAAAAGCCGCCUUCAGGCUUAGGGGUUAUUCCAAGUAACCCAGAUCAGUCCAAACACUUAGAGACGGCAAGGAUGUACCUUUUUAAUUUAUGGAUUGAUUUUGUAAACUUAAGAUGUGAAGACUACAGCGAGAAUAGCCGCAUUCCAACAAUGAAAUUUGGCACAGCAGAAGAAGAUGCUUAUCGAAGGGAUCUGACCAUUAAUAGCUUGUUCUACAAUAUCAACACGAGCUCUGUUGAAGAUCUUACUGGAAGAGGAAUUGAAGAUCUAAAAUCUGGAAAAAUUGUGACUCCAUUGCCUCCAAAAGCUACAUUUUUGGAUGACCCCCUUCGAGUUCUUAGAGCUAUUCGUUUUGGUGCAAGAUUUGGAUUCAUACUAGAUGAAGAGCUAAAAAAAGCUGCUGCCUGUGAUGAGGUGAAAGCUGCUCUUGCAGCCAAAAUUAGCAAAGAGCGCAUUGGAACAGAAAUUGAUCUCAUGGUCUCUGGCAAUCAACCAGUUAAAGCACUGACCUACAUUUGUGAUUUGACACUUUUUUGGAUUGUCUUUAAUCUUCCUCCUAAAUCUGAGCCUGCAGUAUCAGAUGGAUGUGAUAGGCUUUGCAUUGCUUACUUGGAUGCUGCUUGGAACCUUACUCAAUUAAUCGGGUGUUCGAACUUAAGUGAUGAGCAAAGAAGGCUUUCCCUGUAUGCUGCUCUAUUUCUCCCAUUCAAAGAGAUCACAUAUAAGGAUAACAAAGCCAAAAAGAUGCCUAUUGUCAACUACAUUUUCAGGGAGUCUCUCAAGCGAAAAGCCAGUGAUGCUGAAACAGUAAUAAACAUUCACAAGUCAUUGGAGAAAUUCUUAUCCUUGAUUCCAUAUCUUGUAUCCACUGAGGACGUCAAACUUAUUGAAGUUGAUUGGGGUAGAGAAUUGGUUGAUGAUUCUGUUCCUUUGAAACUGCGAGUUUUGACAGGAUUUCUUCUCAGAGAAAUCAAAGAUUUUUGGCGAGUUGCCUUGUUAAUGUCUACCUUGUUAUAUCCCACUGAUGUUGACCAUACUGAUGAUAUUCUAAACGAGCACUUUCAACUGGACAAAAGACGAGAUUUAUUUGAGGCAGUUGAGAAUGCGAUUUCUAAACUAGGUCUUGAGAAAGUGUGGGACGUGAAACCUUUGGUUAAUGGGAAGGAGAUUAUGAGUGUUUUGCAGCUUAAAUCUGGAGGGCCGCUUGUUAGGGAGUGGCAACAAAAACUGCUUGCAUGGCAGCUUGCCCAUCCCUCUGGGACUGCUGAGGACUGCCUUGACUGGAUGAAGGAAACUCACUCAAAGCGUGUAAAGCUUGAGUCUGGCAAUUCUGUUGAUUGAUCUAAAGCUAUAAUUAUUAGCGUUUGUUCUUUGGAUUACACAUUUAUUUUUUGAGAUAUUGAGGCUGGAUAAACAUUUUGAAGGCCGCUAACAUCCAUAGAGUCUUGAUGCCAAAGUUUAUUACAUUUGCAGUGAGAUUGGAUUGGAGUCAUCUUACGGCAAGAAGAUUUUAUCUUCCUAUGGGAGUAAAGGAGGCAAGGAAAUAGAAAGAAUUAGGUUAAUGUGUGAAUUAACAAUCUUGUAUAGAUUCUCAAAAUCUGUCCAUAAACUUAUAUUAGAAUGUGGCAGUUCA